UGCCGCCUUUUUAACAUGGGAGUCUAUGAGGGUGUUGAUGGGUGCUGCUGCCGAAUCUUCGCUUCUCGAGCCAAAACUAUAAAGCUGACAGCUUUAGCAGGCGAAUGUCUGUCUCCCUCUGUAAAGAAGGCAGAGCUGGACAGUCCCUCUCCCCAGGAAGACUCACCAAGACUGGGCUCCUUCACUCAGCACCACCGGCCAGUCAUAGCUGUUCACAGUGGUCUGUCUCGGAGUUCCCACCCCUCCUCAUCUCUUCAUUUCCCAUCGUCCUCCUACUUUCCCCAUGGAGCAAUCCGUUAUCCUCCUCACCUGGCCCAGGACCCCCUUAAAGAUCUGGUCUCAUUGGCCUGCGACCCUGCCAAUCAAACCCCCAGCUCACUGAAUGGCAGCAACCAGGUUAAAGUGCCCACUCACUACAUCUCAUCACAGAUGUUGGCACCGCCUGGACCAGCACCUUCCUUGGCUGCUCCCCCAGCCUCCCUCCCUAGGCCAACACUUCCUGAGUCAAAGGCCACUACCACUUCCUCUGAUGGGGGAGCAAACUCCCCCACAUCACCCACAUACUCUGCACCUGGGACUCCCCCUGCCAAUCGCACUUCCUUCAUUGGAGUAACCCCUCGCGACCCAGGUGGACUUUACCAAGCCCAGUCUUGGUAUCUGGGCAACUGAGUGAACUCUCGCGGAAAAGUGAUCAUCAUGGCACUACUCUCCUGGAGCAAUGCAAGCAAUGUUGUCAAAAUAUUGCCAGAGGAAAGAUAUAUUCAGCUUUGUAGAACAUGUGGUCAUAUAUACACAUACAUACAUACAGUGUAAUAUACUGUAUUUAUCUAUAUGUAUAUGCCCAGAAGAGUUUUGAGGAAAGGAAGCUGCUUUCACUCAGCCAUUUUGCAGCCACAGAAUGAACUAUACUGUAUGAGACCAAAUGGUUCUCACAAAUGGCAACUGAUGUGAGUUAUGAUUUUCAAGUCAACGUUAUGGAGUGAUGCAAAUUUCAUGGACCAGAUGAACUGCAAACCAGAUCCAGGCUUCAGCACACUAGAUCCAAAGAAGCCUGAAAUCUAACUUUGUUGCCUGGAUGAGACCUGUUUCCCUGGGAUGGAUGUCAGCCUUUACCCCCUGUACCCUCAGUCUUUAUACUAAGAUCUCCUGCCUGGGACAGACAUAGACCUCAUCCCUCUCAACACCCAGAAUGCACUUCUCUGCUGCAGGUGCUGCUUAUAAUAUAUGCAAAUAAGCCUCUUUGAUUUUCUGAACUGACUAGAAAGAGAGAUCCUGUUGUUAAUGAAAUGUUUAUUUGCACUUUUUAAUGUUAUUGAUAUGUCAUAAAAAAUUAACAGCGCCAAAUUUUCUUCCCUUCCCAUGAAAAGAAAUAGGCUUUGUCUUUCUAUUGACAAUCAUCAGGCUAAUACCAUUUAGUUGCUUUGCUAAGCCCAUGUUUUUAAGACUGUUUUCUUCUGUUUUUCAUUAGAAAACAAUGAGUAAUAGUGGAAUAUGAGAGCUAUAUUUUUGCCUCGUCUAACACAACACCCAAUGCUACAGUUAGACACCAGCAUAGAGUUAAGCCCAGUGUUAAAAAAGACACUAAAACCAGUAUCAUGUGGUAGCAAAACCACCAGUAAACAAAAUGCUGAAUUUGAUGUUUCAAACUGUAGCAUGGUGUGGUGUGACGUGACGUGUAUGUCUGUGUUGUAUGUAGGUAAAUUAGAAAGAGAUAUUCCAGGCAUUGCACUAUGCUUGCGUUAAAGUUCCUUUUUGAAAAAGGUGUGAUGAUGUGAUAUGUUACCAAUCUGGCAGAUUGCUGUGUUGUUUUCUUUUUCAGUUUUAUGACAGUAGGUCAUGUGCAUACAGACCUGAGCACAUAAACCGGGUGUUUCUGAAAGUGUCUUGGUCAGUUCUGCACUGAGCAGAUCAACUCCAACCCAACCUGAGCAAUCUAUGGAGGAACAGGUUUUGGGUUGGAGUUUAAGCAGGGGUCAGCUGAAGACGGACAGAAUGACAGUACCAAGGUUGGUUUAAAUUCAGACCUUGAUGAUUUACCAUUGGUAACAGGCAACAAAUGUUUUUAAACCAUGGAUUUAAUUAUUGUGUACAACCUUGACAUAAAAUUUGCAUUAUGAUGUGUUUUGUGAAGCGAA